UUCUAUGUUUGUAGAGUCAAAACCGCCUCUGUCACCGCCUCCUGGAACGCCUGAAACAUGGCUCACGUCCAGAGGGUGCAGAAGAAGACCAGCACCAUGUCCCUGACCAUCUCCUCUUCCUCCUCUGCAUCCUCCUCUCGAGAGCUCUCCUCCAGCUCCUCGUCCACUUCCUCCAGCGCCCUGGCUCAGAGACACUCCAGCCUGGUGCAGCCGCUGGGUGUCAGCCCUCAGAGGAAUGAGAGUCCCAUCUGCAAUCAGCAGUACGCAGGGAAUGGAGUGGCUCCUACUUUUGUUAAGGGCCUCCAUGAUGUAUCCACAGUGCAUGGCCAGCUGGUGGUGUUGGAGUGCAGACUGAGGGGAACUCCUCCUCUGCAGGUUAUGUGGUAUAGAGAGGACGAGCAAGUCCUGGACUCGGAGGAUUUCAGGAUCCUACGCAAGAAAGCCAGUUCUACAUCAGUGCCAGAGGAGCUGUGCACACUGGUCAUCACAGAGGCCUUUCCAGAAGAUUCUGGUCUGUUUAAAUGUGUGGCCCUCAACUCCUUCGGCACGGUCUCCUGCUCAGCAAUCCUAGAAGUGUACAAUGACCUGGAGGAGCAGCUGGAGGUCGAGGCCGUUCGUGAGCAGGAAGCACUUUCUCUCCGACAGGAAAAGGAGGCUGUGUUCUGUCAGGAGACCUCCUCCAUCAGAAACAGCAGCGGGGACUUUCCGUCCGAGCUGCCGGACUCCAUGACCCUCCCGCCUCCUGAGUGGCCUGACAGCCCUCUAGAAGAUGACAUCCCUGUUGCAGAUUUUCCAGAGCCUCAGCUGGCCAACCACUUCUCUGAAGAACUCUUUGGUCGCAGCGGGGAGGAAGGUGCCCUGAGUUCAGAGGACCAAAGGUCACCAGAGUUCACUGUCCAAGCCCGUACGCCUAGUCCUCUCGCUCCACCUGCACCACCACCACCAACCCAAGUCAAGGAGAAAACCCCAGCACCCAAGCUGUUCACCCCAAGCAAGAUCAGCUUCACUUCCUCCCAGUCAGGAGGCAACAACAUGAACCUGUCAGAUCUACCUACCUUCACUCCCAGCGUCUUCCCUCCCAGUGCCUUUAACUAUGAGCGGCCGAGGCAUUUUAUCCAAUCACAGCCAUCCUUUCAGGCACCCAGCUAUGAAAGUGUUCUGAAAGAUGAAGAGGAGAACCAAAAUAACUUCCAACAGAACCUCAACAUUUCCCAAAAUAGUCAAAAUGUUAUGGAGAAACGGAGUCAAGCUAAAAUGAUGUCUACACAAAGUCAGUCUCUUUCUCAAACUCAGUCAGUGUCCAAGUCCUUGUCACAGACCCAGUCCCAGUUUCAGUCCCUAAGCCUCAGUCAGAACCAAACCCAGUCUGUUGCCCAGUCUCAGAUCCAGACUCAGAGCCGGACUCAGAGCCAGACUCAGAGCCAGAACCAGAGCCAGAGCGAGAACCAGAGCAAGAUCCAGAUCCAGAUCCAGACCCAGGCCAACGGCACGAGCAAGUCCUCUCCCUCCUCAUCAAGUCUCAGCUCUCCCAUUUCCACCCCGGCAUCCUCUGCUGCCCCUCCUCUUUCCUCUACUGCCUCCUUGCUAAGUCCCACUGCCCCCACCACCUGCUCCCCUUACCCAUCCUCUCUUCCCCGCACCACCAUGCGUUCCACCAUCACCCUUACCCCCAGCAUCCCCAGUGCCACCGGCCUUGGUAGCGCCACCCUGCCAGCUAAUCAGGACACCAUGUCAGCGCCUGCCGCCUUCCUCUGCUCUGUUCUGCCUUCCCAGUCCGCCUUCUCUCCGUUCUCCUCUUCCAAGCUGUCUCCCAACUCCAAUCUUCCCCGCCCCUCCAUCUCUCCGUCCCGCUCCCCACUCGCCCCCUCAAGCCCUCUUCUCCCCAUGAGGUCCUCCUCCUCUCCUUCCUACCUCCCUAAGCAACCUCUCCCAGUGUCACCAUCCCACCCUUGCUCCCCUCUCUCUCCCUCCUCCUCCUCUGUCCCACGGCCCAACAGUCCCAACGGUCAGAACAGAGUAGCACCUGCUGUGGUCUCCUUGCCCGCCAGCUACAAGGGAGCACCAAGCAUCCUUCCCAAACCCAUUUUGAAGAAGUCUAUAGCUCCUCGGCCUUCUUCCUCUCGCUCCACAGAUGACGACAUCCAGGGAUCCAAAGACGCUCUCAUCCAGGAUCUGGAAAAGAAGCUACGCUCAAAGGAAACCAGGAGGAGAAAUAGCCAGAAACUCUCCUAUGAGGAGCGCAUGGCUCGUAGGCUGCUGGGUCCAGACAACGCCAACUACCAAGACAGUCUCUCCGACUCACAACUCGACCAGCCGCAUUCACCACAAGGAAGACACACAGGUGGACUAUGGGGGAGGCGCCACUCAGGGACAGAUGAACGGGGAAAUGAGGGCUCAGCCAUCCAAGAGAAAUGUUACGCUCCUCGCUUUCUGCAGAUCCCUCAGGACCUCACUGUAGAGGAGGGACGCUUCUGUAGGAUUGACUUCAAGGUCGGUGGUCUCCCCACCCCAGACGUCUGCUGGUACCUGGACGGGAAAGCCAUCCGUCCCGACGACUACCAUAAGAUGCUGGUGUGUGAGAAAGGGAUGCACUCAUUCAUCAUAGAGAUCGUCACAGUGCACCAUGCCGGCAUUUAUGAGUGUGUGGCCAGGAACCGAGCAGGGGAGAGCAAAUUUACCAUGAGGCUCAAUGUUUUAGCCCAGGAGGCUCUGCGUCCUCCUACCUUUGUCCAGAAGAUGCUGAACUCCAGAGCUCUAGAGGGUGAUACUGUUCGUUUAGAGUGCAAAGUGGACGCUUCCCCUCCUCCACAGCUCUUCUGGAAGAAAGACAAAGACAUGCUGCGCAUUGACCCAAACAGAAUGAGUCUGUAUGAGGACGGUUCAGGCCGGCAGUGCUUGUUGAUAGAGAGGCUGAUGAAGUCUGAUGCUGGUUGGUACACUCUCUCUGCCAUCAACGAGGCGGGCAUGUCCACAUGCAACGCCAGGCUGGAUGUCGGCACUCGCACCGCCCCGGCCAUGAAGACGGCGCCCCCCGGCUCCAAGACGCUGAAGCUGCUGUCCUCGCUGAGCCAUGUGCCCGUUCUGAGCGUGGAGAGCCCCGCCCAGCACACCGCCCCCCUGUACGAGAGUGAAGAGCUGUAGACCCUCAUCCUCAGGAAACCACCGCACAUCUCAGAACUGUAAAGCUGGGCCGGAGCAUGCAUCGACUGUCAGCUCAGGGCAGGAUACGGUAC